AUGGUUCCAUUAUCCAUCGCUACUUACGCGUCGAUCAUUUAUGUAUUAGAUCAAUUGCAGGAAGCGAUAAAAUUAAUAUUUAUACUUAUAGGAAUAUUGCUAACUUUGACGAUUAUAUCUUAUUCUGGUCAGAGAAUAAUGGACGAAAGUCAGGAUAUAUUUUAUCGAGCAUAUGCGGCCGAAUGGUACAAUUUCUCACCUAGAUUAAAAUCUUUAAUGAUAAUAACUCUUUACAGAAGUAAUGUGCCAUGCGGAUUAAAGGCAGGUAAUAUGAUUCCAUUAUCCAUCGCUACUUACGCGUCGGUAAUAAAAAUGGCCAUGUCCUAUUUUACAGCGUUUUUAUCUCUCCAAGAGUGA